AUGCCAUCCUCCACUCCCGCCCUUUCAACUUCAACCUCCUCUACUCCUUCUCAACGUCUCGCCAAUCUCUCCUCACACAUCAUGUCUCCUUCAGCACAUUCUCCCGUCUUCUCUUCAUCGCUCAUCGCUGCUGCUCCCCCUGAUCCGCUCUUCGGUCUGGCGCAGGAUUUCAAGCGCGAUCCGUCCGAUAAAAAGAUCGACCUCGUUAUCGGUGCCUACAGAGACGACGAUGCAAAGCCGUGGGUUCUACCUUCUGUGCAGAAGGUCCGCAACGACAUCCACGAAAACCCGACCCUCAACGAAUACCUCCCCAUCAAAGGUCUCGCAUCCCUGACUACCGCCGCCGCAUCCCUCCUCAUGGGCCCCUCCUCCCCAGCAAUCACCCAGUCCCGCGUCAGCACCGUGCAAACCAUCUCCGGCACCGGCGCCGUCCACCUAGGCGGCCUCUUCCUCUCGCGCUUCCAUCCCUCCUCCCCAAAACCAGCCAUCUACCUCUCCAACCCGACCUGGGCGAACCACCACCAGAUCUUCUCGAACGUGGGUCUCUCGCUGGCGCAGUACCCGUAUUUCUCGGCCAAGACGAAGGGCUUGGACUUUGGGGGGAUGAUGGCUGCGUUGAGGGAGGCGCCGGCCGGGUCGAUUGUGUUGUUGCAUCCGUGUGCGCAUAAUCCGACGGGUGUUGAUCCGACGCAGGAGCAGUGGAAGCAGAUUGCGCUGUUGAUGCGGGAGAGGAAUCACUUCCCGUUCUUUGACUGUGCGUAUCAGGGUUUUGCGUCGGGGGAUCUUGUGCGUGAUUCGUGGGCGAUUCGGUACUUUAUCGAGCAUGGGUUCGAGCUGUGCAUUGCGCAGUCGUUUGCGAAGAAUUUUGGUCUGUACGGCCAGCGUACUGGUGCUUUCCAUUUCGUCUCCGCACCGGGACCUGAUGCCGCGAAGGCUACUGAGAACAUUGGUUCCCAGCUCGCCGUCCUGCAGCGCUCGGAGAUUUCGAACCCGCCUGCGUACGGUGCGCAGAUCGCCAGUCGCAUCCUGAACGAUCCCCAGCUAUUUGCCGCGUGGGAGGAGGAUCUGCGCACGAUGAGCGGUCGUAUCGCGGCUAUGCGCAGGGGUCUACGCGAUCGUCUCGAGGCAAAGGGUACGCCGGGGUCGUGGGAGCAUAUCACGAACCAGAUCGGGAUGUUCAGUUUCACCGGUUUGAGCGAGCAGCAGGUGAAACUGUUGCGCGAAAAGUAUCACAUUUACAUGACUAAAAAUGGCCGUAUCUCCAUGGCGGGUCUGAACUCGCAUAACCUGGAUUACUUUGCCGAUUCGGUCGACGCCGUCGUGCGUGAGACCUCAUAA